CCUCACCCGUUCUGUCGCCCAAGCCCACCGAAGAUCCCCAACUGCCUGCCUACUUUGGUCCGCUCGAGACUCAACACCUUUGGCCUGCUCGCCAGCUUUUCCUUAACCCAUCAUCCACCAAUUUAUCCUCUCCUCUAUCAAUCACAUAUCCUCCUCUGUUCCCUCUCCCCUUCACCCUCUAGGCACCCCCCAGCCUAGUUGUCCCGGCAUUUGAGAGAGGAAGAGUGGGAAGUCGGAAAAUAUUCGAGGAUUUGGCAUCUCGACCAAUUCAUCGGUCACCGAUUAGCGAGCAUACCCGGAACAGCGUGGGAUAUUUCUCAGCAACAAAGAAAACCGGGAAGGAUUAGAUUCUCGCAACACGAAGCAUUGUCACGACACUGACCUUGUUCCUCUUGCACUGUUCACCUCCUUGUGUGCAAGCGACGAAAAGACGAGUGAUCGCUGUACGGUCGAUCUCUGAUCCCGUGGCGUGACUGGGCUUUUUCUCCUGCACCUUGCAAAAGUAACAGCCCAAACCACCUCGACAGGCUGCGUUCGGCACUGGUACGGGCUCUUCGUUCCUGCUCCUUUUAUUUUUCACCAGCCUCCUCGAGCAACCCUCCUUCAGCCCUCCUCGGGCUGCUCUUGAUGAGCCUCGUAGCGUGCUCUAAUUUGCAGCUCCCGGUUCAGGUUUAACAACCUCACAACCGACCGAAUGCCUUACACACCACCUGCUCAGCAGUCACCGGCAUCCUCCAAACAAUCCAGUCCUACUCCGAGCAGGUCUCACUCAUACAUCAAAGGACAAUUCCUCUCUCCGGAGCUGCCGGCUUCAUCCGGUCGUCCCAACCUUCCUCGAUCCAGCGGGUCAUCUUCCUACCUCACGAAACAUCGACGGAGUCCUUCGUUGAAUGAAGCAAGAAAUGACAUUGUUUACAACGGUGAGGCGUACCAAGAGAACGGGAUUCUGGAUCCCUAUGGUAGCAUCCGGCAGUCGCCUCCGCCGGUGAGCAAUUCAUUGAUACCCGCAGGAAUGACAAUCUCUCCUCCCGAUUCCUCCCACAACUCUAGCGACGAUGAAGAAUCUCAGAUCAGAGGUCGAACGAGGGAUCUCGAGCUGGACAAUCUCGAGGCACUGCAAGCAGCCAUCAGGUCAAUAGAACAAAGAAAAUCAGGCUCACCUACUCGUGGGUCUGCCAACGACACAACCACCAAAAUGGACUCUGCUGCACCUGAAGAGGAUGCGCCAGCUUCUUCGGAUAAUUCAACAUCACAACGGCCUCCGCUGUCUCAAGAGGCCAGGAAGAUCUCUCACUCUCGAUCGUCCACAGACUCGAACAUAGUGUUUGAGCCUCCCAACCCACAGACCCUGCCUAUCCUCUCUCGGCCAGAUACCGAUGACAGUGAUAGUGACGGCCCUCCAUCCGACCGCCCUCCGAUGGUUCGAAAGAAAUCUGGCGAACUGGUUCGCCCAGCUCUACGACCAUCGUCCAGACGGCGGCCUUCAAGUAUGCCGGGGACCCCGACCUACUCCAAGGCUGUCCACUUUGACUCCCACCUUGAACAUGUCCGACACUUUCUCCAGGUUGAUAGACCACUUGCCGUCAGUGCAGGUUCCUCACCUGUCGAGAACUACGAGAGCGAAUCCGAGUUCCCUUUCGGCUCUGACGAGUCCAGCGCUCGACCUCGUUCAAACGUUCCUGAAUGGGAUCUGGUCCUUCGAAAUUUCGACGAAACCAAUAUCUCAAAGCAGAAUCAGGUCGUCUGCGUUGAACGCAUCUUCCUGUCCUCCGACAACAAGAAUCUCGUCGGGACUGUUGCGGUCCAGAAUCUUGCGUUCCAGAAACAGGUUGUCGCUCGAUUCACCUUCGACUAUUGGAAAACCACAUCCGAAGUCGUUGCCGACUUCAACACCGAUGUCCGUCGGAAGCCAAACCACGAUGGCCUUGACCGGUUCAACUUUAGCAUCAGGCUUAUUGACCAAGCCAAUCUAGAGAAUCGAACUCUCUUCUUCUGUGUUCGCUAUACUGUCAAUGGCCAAGACUUCUGGGACAACAACAAUAAUCUCAACUAUCAGGUUGACUUUGCCAGGAAGUCGAAAGCCCAACAUGGUAAAGAUGGCAUGCCUGGACUUGGUGCGAGGCCAGUGACUGCGCUGCCUCGGACUCGACAAUCCCCACCUACCUCAUCCGGACGACCAAAGAGCUUGCCAUCAUCGUUUGACGAUUUUGCGACCGGCUUCGACAAUUUCGGCUUCCCAUCAGCGGGUGCUCUGAUGGGUGAGCCCAAGCUCAAGCUUAGAAGUCCACGAUCGAAAACCGAACUGAUUUCUGAUCCUCCAUCGCGCCGGAAAGCCAGUGCUGGGCAAGCAUUUGGAAAUAGAUAUGACUUCAACUCGUCGUUGAACGCUGCCAAAAGUUCCGCCUUUGCCGCCUUGGGUGACUAUUCUGGCUUGACGACUUCGAGGGCAGAUACAAAGCGGUCUUCUUCCCACGAAGUUCCUGCGAGCACUCCUGCGAAGAGCGUCGCCAUUGCUCCACCCAAGCAUGACAUUGGCGUCAAUGGUUCAAUCACUGGAGCUCCUUCCAAUGCUCCAGCUGUUGCUCCUAUGACAUCGAAGCCGGCUGCUCUGGUGUCAGAGAAACCAUCGCUUACCUCUGAAUCCUAUCAGGACCUCGCGAUGAAGGAACUCGUGGAGAAGAAAUUCUGCUUUGUAGGUGCCCCGAAAAUGAGCCAAGGGGAGGGCGCCGAAGUCAAGACACAUUGAGUGCUAAUUCAUGUUGCAGUUUGGGACAAUCGCUGCAAAUAAGCAGGUUGAUCCACUCAAGGCUGCUGCUCUGAGUAUGGUCGAUGGUGCUGCUGACUAUACGUCUGCGUCGGAUGUGAGUGCUGAGGAUACUCCUCAAUCCACGAAUUCAUCUGGGUCUUCCACUCCCACACCGCCCCGGAGUAUGUCGCCGACUCCUUCAUCUCAGUCAGCCAAAAGGACUGGCUCCUACCUUGGUCGAGCACCCUCGCCAAUGGCACGAUCGGGCUCAUAUUUCGGCUCUCGGUCUCAAUCGCCAGUCCUCUUCGGAUAUCCUUAUCAUUCAUCAUCACAACAUAGCCUGAUGAGUGAAACGCCAACCCCAACGGCGAUUCGAGGCUAGCUAUCGCUUCAGCCAGCUGCGCAGCUCCUCGCCGAGUUGACUUGCACAUAUUUGCAUUCACUGAUGCCGUCCGAUGCUUCUCAUGGUCAACAAAGCUCACAGUAAUUCGGAUGUAUGCCUAUUGGAGAGGUGCAUCAUGAGAGCCAAUGGCCCAGCAUCAUGGGUGCAGGCGGUUCGAACAUGUGAUUUUGUCUGCUGUUCUUUUAGCGCUCAGACAAUACGUUCUUGCGUCAUUUUCCAGCAUUGUCAGGUUUCAAACGGCAAUUCUCUUUAACACCACAGCAGCCUCCGUUGUCUCGUGCUCAAGAGGUCAGAAAAGUCCUUUUCUGUUUGGUGUCCGGGGUUUGGGGUUCUUUGGGUUUUUUUGGUGGCUUGGCCUCGACCACUUAAUGUUUCGUGCAUGGGGCAUGACGAACAGCCAGAAGUUUGGUCGUCGGGUGAUGUACUGUGCUUUGCGACUUGUGUGCAAAGGAAUUAGACGGCAGCGUUGAUAUGAGCUGAUGAAAUAAUGCUCAGACUCGGCGGCGUGUUUUGUGAUGUGUACCGGCAGGACGUGAUUGAGAAGCAGGAGGAGCGUGCAGUUUUAGUAUUCUUAAAAAAUCUCUUGCCGCUGACCAUGGUCCAUGAAAAUUGUC